AUGUUUCGUCCAUAUUUUUGUAAGAAAUUUGUCUAAGACUCAUUUCCUCCAACUUUCUCUCUCCUGAAAAGUCUCCGGAAAAAAGUUCAAGUUCAUGGCUUCUAGUACAGUUGUGAAUAAGGGAUGGGUGUACUCGGAGUACGGAAAAUCUGGGGAAGUGUUGAAGUUUGAAGAGAAUGUAGGAGUUCCUGAUUUGAAGGAAGAUCAGGUGCUGAUCAAGGUUGCAGCCGCAGCCCUCAAUCCAAUUGAUUUCAAGUGGAUGCUUGGCUUGUUCAAAUCCACUGACACUUCUCCUCCUGUGGUUCCAGGAUACGAUGUUGCCGGUGUGGUGGAAAAGGUCGGAAGCAAAGUGACAAAGUUUAAGGUUGGAGAUGAGGUUUAUGGUGAUAUCAAUGAGAAACCUUUAGAACCCCAAAAAAUUGGAACUUUAGCCGAAUACACUGCUGCAGAAGAGAAAGUGUUAGGUUUGAAGCCCAAGAAUCUGAGUUUUGUUGAAGCUGCUAGCCUUCCACUUGCUCUUGAGACUGCCUAUGGAGGUCUUGAACUUGCUCAAUUUUCUCCUGGUAAAUCCAUUCUUGUUCUUGGCGGUGCCGGCGGAGUUGGGACCUUGGUAAUUCAGUUGGCAAAACACGUUUUUGGGGCUUCUAAAGUGGCAGCCACUGCAAGCACCGGAAAAUUGGAGUUACUGAGGAGUUUGGGAGCUGAUUUGUCCAUUGAUUACACAAAGGAAAAUUUUGAAGAGCUUUCAGAGAAAUUUGAUGUCGUAUAUGACACAGUUGGGCAAUCUGAGAGGGCUUCGAAGGCCGUCAAAGAAGGUGGGGAAGUUGUGACAAUAGCACGUGGUUCGUCUCUUCCUCCACAAGUAAAGUUCUACAUUGUCGUUUCAAGUGGGUCUGUUCUUGAGAAGCUGAAACCUGAUUUAGAGAGUGGAAAGGUGAAGGCAGUGAUUGAUCCAAAAGGCCCAUUUCCAUUCUCUAAGACAGUUGAAGCAUUUUCCUACCUCGAAACUGGCAGAGCUACUGGAAAAGUCGUGGUGUAUCCCAUCCCAUGAGUACUUAGACAGCGCACUUUGGUUUUCUACCGAUUAACUAUAUCUAUGUGUGUGCAUGUCUAUUGCUGUGUCAUUACGUAUUUUUAAUUAGUUGUGUCGUAGUACAUAUGACUUGUUAUAAAUAAAGGUCUUGUGUAGAGAAGUAAAUAAUAAGAAAGUUUAAUGUU